UCUCUGCAAAAUCCUCUUUGAUGUUCUCUGCUAACAAUGGACGGCGAAGAAGAAGAUGAACAAGUGAUAGCUGAAGAAGUUGAAGCCAUGAAAUCCGUUUAUGAAAACGAUUGUACCAUUCUCAAUUCCAUUCCUCCUCACUUCCAUUUAUCCCUCAAACCCAGAACCGCUGAUGUUUCUUCUCACCAGUUUGUAGAAAUUGUUCUUGAGGUACAUGCAACUCCACAGUAUCCAAAAGAACCUCCUUCUGUUGCUAUUGUGGAUUGCAAGGGUUUGGAUCAACAUAGACAAAAGCAUUUAUUGAAUCAUAUUCAAACUAAAGCCAACGAGCUUUCCCCUGGAUUAAUGCUCGUAGCUCUUUGUGAGGAAGCUGUAGAGAAACUCUCAGAUAUGAAUCAUCCUGAUGGUGAUUGUCCAUUGUGCUUAUUCCCAUUGGUGACAGAAGAACACCAAAGUGAAACCUUGCCUUUUAUGAAGUUAAUGUCUUGCUUUCACUGUUUUCACAGUGAAUGUAUCAUUAGAUGGUGGAAUUGGCUUGAGAGUUCUAAACAAACAGGGUCUUCCAAAUCAGAUAAUGCAACGGCUCGUCGUAACAUGGGUAUGUGUAAUUGUAAAGUUGCAUUUGACGAUAGACAUCAAAUGGUUGCUUCCUAG